AUGGCUUCCCUUCCAUUGCCCUUCCGAUCACUGCUACGACCUGUCUUUGCUGAAAGCAAUCCAUCUGCCGCUGUUGUUUCGCGACAUGGCUAUCACCGCCAACAACGACGCUCUUGUCAUCACAAACCACAUCACAACCCACAUCCUCAAUCCCAAUCCUGUCAUUCCUCCUCAACAUCUUCCUUGAACAGCUCCAAAACAACACACAGAAGCAAAACCCAGGCUAAUCACUUCUCAACCACUUCGUCAAACCCAACAGACAAACUCCAAUCAGGCCUCGAAUUUAACAAAUCCCACUGGGCCCCUUCCUACGCCGAAAAAUUUGGCUCUCUAGGCAGUGGUCAACAACCUCAAAUCCUCUGGAUCGGAUGCUCCGACUCUCGUUGCCCCGAGACCACCAUCCUCGGUCUGCAGCCCGGUGACGUCUUUGUACAUCGCAAUAUCGCCAACAUCAUCCACGAGGGAGACCUGAGUUCCUCAUGCGUCAUUGAUUUCGCCGUUGGCGCACUCAAAGUGUCGCAAAUAGUUAUAUGUGGGCAUACCUCUUGCGGUGGCGUGAAUGCCGCUCUUGGGGAUUCAAAGCUCGGGGUAUUGGAUACUUGGCUCCUGCCACUACGAAAACUGCGCUCUCGGAACUUGCCGACGCUCGAAAAACUAGAACCCAAAAAUGCGAUUGUGAAAUUGGCCGAACUCAACGUGCUGGAUGGAAUGGUAAAGAUUAAGGAGAAGUCCGUGGUGCUUGAAGCCAUGGAGCAGAGGGGACUCAAGGUGUCGGGACUGAUUUAUGAUGUUGCGACAGGACUUUUGAGAACUGUAGAUGGUGUGGAGGAGUCGCAGGAUGAGAUCAAGGCGCGGUUGACGGCAUUUAAGACAUCUUAG